CUGCGGGGCCACACAGCCUCCCACCUGCAUCUCCAGGGCGCUGGCCCUGUUCAGCCCCAGACCAGCUCCCAAGCCUAUUUCUCGCCCCAGCCUGGGCUCGGGGGGACUCCUCAAGCUUUGGGACUCGCCUGGGCACAGUAGCAGUCACGUGCAUGCUGGGACCUCAACGUGCAGGCUGCUGCUCCCCGCAUCCCCAGAGGCCAGUCUCUUUGCACUCCUGCGCCGCUGUCUGACCCAGGUGAGCGAGAGAAUGCUGGCGGGGGGUGUGAGGAGCAUGCCCAGCCCCCUCCUGGCCUGCUGGCAGCCCAUCCUCCUGCUGGUGCUGGGCUCCGUGUUGUCAGGCUCGGCCACGGGCUGCCCGCCGCGCUGCGAGUGCUCCGCCCAGGACCGGGCCGUGCUCUGCCACCGAAAGCGAUUCGUGGCGGUGCCCGAGGGCAUCCCCACAGAGACCCGCCUGCUGGACCUGGGCAAGAACCGCAUCAAAACCCUCAACCAGGACGAGUUCGCCAGCUUCCCGCACUUGGAGGAGCUGGAGCUCAACGAGAACAUCGUGAGCGCCGUGGAGCCGGGCGCCUUCAACAACCUCUUCAACCUGCGGACGCUGGGCCUGCGCAGCAACCGCCUGAAGCUCAUCCCCCUGGGCGUCUUCACCGGCCUCAGCAACCUGACCAAGCUGGACAUCAGCGAGAACAAGAUCGUCAUCCUGCUGGACUACAUGUUCCAGGACCUGUACAACCUCAAGUCACUGGAGGUCGGUGACAACGACCUGGUCUACAUCUCCCACCGCGCCUUCAGCGGCCUCAACAGCCUGGAGCAGCUGACGCUGGAGAAAUGCAACCUGACCUCCAUCCCCACCGAGGCGCUGUCCCACCUGCACGGCCUCAUCGUUCUGCGGCUCCGGCACCUCAACAUCAACGCCAUCCGGGACUACUCCUUCAAGAGGUUAUACCGGCUCAAGAUCUUGGAGAUUUCCCACUGGCCCUACUUGGACACCAUGACACCCAACUGCCUCUACGGCCUCAACCUGACGUCCCUGUCCAUCACUCACUGCAAUCUGACCGCCGUGCCCUACCUGGCCGUGCGCCACCUGGUCUAUCUCCGCUUCCUCAACCUCUCCUACAACCCCAUAGGCACCAUCGAGGGCUCCAUGCUGCAUGAGCUGCUCCGGCUGCAGGAGCUCCAGCUGGUGGGCGGGCAGCUGGCCGUGGUGGAGCCCUACGCCUUCCGCGGCCUCAACUACCUGCGCGUGCUCAAUGUCUCGGGCAACCAGCUGACCACCCUGGAGGAGUCGGCCUUCCACUCUGUGGGCAACCUGGAGACACUCAUCCUGGACUCCAACCCGCUGGCCUGCGACUGCCGGCUCCUGUGGGUGUUCCGGCGCCGCUGGCGGCUCAACUUCAACCGGCAGCAGCCCACCUGCGCCACGCCCGAGUUUGUCCAGGGCAAGGAAUUCAAGGACUUCCCGGAUGUGCUCCUGCCCAACUACUUCACCUGCCGCCGCGCCCGCAUCCGGGACCGCAAGGCCCAGCAGGUGUUCGUGGAUGAGGGCCACACGGUGCAGUUUGUGUGCAGGGCGGACGGCGACCCCCCGCCCGCCAUCCUCUGGCUCUCGCCUCGCAAGCACCUGGUCUCUGCCAAGAGCAACGGGAGGCUCACGGUCUUCCCCGACGGCACGCUGGAGGUGCGCUACGCCCAGGUGCAGGACAACGGCACGUACCUGUGCAUCGCGGCCAAUGCAGGCGGCAACGACUCCAUGCCCGCCCACCUGCACGUGCGCAGCUACUCGCCCGACUGGCCCCAUCAGCCCAACAAGACCUUCGCCUUCAUCUCCAACCAGCCGGGCGAGGGGGAGGCCAACAGCACCCGAGCCACCGUGCCUUUCCCCUUCGACAUCAAGACCCUCAUCAUCGCUACCACCAUGGGCUUCAUCUCCUUCCUGGGCGUCGUGCUCUUCUGCCUGGUGCUGCUGUUCCUCUGGAGCCGAGGCAAGGGCAACACGAAGCACAACAUCGAGAUCGAGUACGUGCCCCGCAAGUCGGACGCGGGCAUCAGCUCAGCCGACGCGCCCCGGAAGUUCAACAUGAAGAUGAUAUGAGGCUGGGGCGGGGGGCGGGGCAGGGGCCUGGCUGCUGCCUGCCGCUCCCCCGACUCUCCCGGCUCCCUCCUGCCCUCCACACAGACUCUUUGUCCCCCCCUUUCCUGUCUCUGAUGCCCCCCGCCGGCCCUCACCUCCUGCCCUCUUUCCACCAGGACCUCGGAAGUCCAGGCCUGGGGACCCCGCCUGCGCAGGGGCGCACAGUGGAUAGACUGGAGGCAGAGGGUGACGAACCAACACGUGGCACAGUCAGUAAUUCAAUAAAAAAAAGUUACGAACUUCCUCUGUAACCUGGGUUUCAAUAAUUAUGGAUUUUUAUGAAAACUUGACAUAAUAAAAAGAAAAAAAACUCUUUCCAAAGCUAGUCGGAAUGCGAACUUUUGCCGUCCUGAUCGCCCCAGGGCCCUCUUCCGACUCAGCUGCUUGUUUUUCUCUUCCUCCUCCUCUCCCUCCUUUCUCUUCGCUUCCCCUGUGGGGAGGGAUCACUCAGGAAAACAGGAAAGGAGGCUCCUGCCCCACCCGCUCACCCGCCCUGCCUGGGCAGCUGCCGGGAGCAGGAGGUGGCAGGUGUGGACCCAGCUCUGGGUUGGCUGUUUGCAGAGAGCGGGUGAGGGGACGGGGCUGCCCUGAGAAGGUGUGGGGGGGGCCUGUCUGCUGAGCUGCCAGGCAGCACUGCUGUGUGUGGGGGGGACAGUGGGGGGUGGGGCCUGGCCCAGUGGUGGCUCAGACUCUGGACAGGGGCUGGGGUCCUCCCGGAGGACGGCACAGGCAGGGGAGAGAGCCAGGGGCUGAAGGCAUGACUGCAGCCUAGCUUCUGGCCCCAGCUCUGCCACUACGCGCUGUGUGGCCUCGACGAGGCCACUGACCCUCUCUGGGCCUCCGUCUUCACAUCUGUAUAAACGGAAACGUUACUCCCCGCCCUGCCUACCUCACAGGGCUGUUGUGAGGAAUUGAUGAGAUGAUGUAUGUGAAACACUUUGUAACCUGUAAAGCGCUGUGCACACGUGUGGGUGACUGUUCUUGUUAUGGUCAUUCUUAUCUCAUUGGGGGAG